UUCGCGUCAGUCCACGAGCCGCCGGCGAGGGGACCGCACGCUCCUCGUCACCGAAGCUUAUCAAAAACUAAAUAAAACAUCCAAACCCCUAACCGUCGAAAACAAACGGAGUUACAAAACAAAGUGUGUUUGUUUACAUUCAACACUAAAGUGUGAAUUCAAUGGAAACCAAACUUUAAGUGAACCAAGUUUUGACAAGGAUUUCGUAUAUUUACACAUGGUAUCGGAGGAAUCAUGCCAUCGCUGUUAUCGCUCGUAAGAUCAGAACGAGCCUGUGGCGUCAUUCGAAGAUAUCUUUGACAGAAUACAGAGAUAUAAGUAUCUCAGUACUAGUUCGACUUGACAAGCAGUGGUGAACGAGGCUCCAAGGAUCCGGACCGAAGCGGGACUCGGCUUCCAAAUUCGAAAUUUAAAAUUUCGAACCGCCGAUUGGUCGGAUCCGUCGAGGUUGGUGCCGCGUUGUGACCGCCGGCGCCACUUGGAAGACUCGGGUGUGAAGUGGACAGUAGUGAGUGCAGUGACAUGGCGAGUACGGGCGGAGAGAUCUGGCUGCAGUGGUUCGCGUGCUGCUACCAGCCCGCGGCGCAGGCGCAGCGCACGAGGCGGAGAAUAGACCGCUCCAUGAUAGGGGCUCCCACUAAUUUCCAACACACAGGACACAUAGGCUCCACGGACAUGGAGAUGCCGUCGUCGCUGCUGCACUCCAUCCAGAACCAGAUGCAGAGCAAGGGAGGGUACGAGAUGGCUUAUGGAGUCAAGGUGUAUUGAAGAAGCUAAAGAGGACUCUAGUGACUUGUGUUGUGUUAACAAUAAGAAAACCUAUUUAUUGAUACCACGUGACUACUCGACCAAGCAGAAUUGUUCGCGCCCGAGUUUACCUUAUUAUGGCGCAAAGGUAUUGAUUGUCAACAA